AUGGCUACCAAGACUAGAGAUAAACACGCUGCUGCGCUCGAACAGCUUCGCUCUAAACUUGCUACUAUUUUCUUGGAAUCCGCUAUUCAAGAUUUCUCGGGGUUGGAUCUUAGCAAAGUUGAAUGUUGCCAUGGAACAAAAGACGGCGGCAGCCUAACAUGCAAAUGUUCUGACGCCUGCUGGAACCUAGUCGCGGCUGUUGUCUGCAAAUACAAAAUACAAGACACCACGGGACCGACUAAUAUUCCGUUCACGUCGCACGCAGAACAUGAGCGGGCGAUUGCUGAUAGCUCAUCAAAUGACAUGAGUUUUAUCAGUGAAAAAAGCACUGAGUCUAGCUGUAGUAGCAGUUGUCAGAGUCAUCAUAGUCACGAAUCGGACGAUAGUGUGUAUUAUCCAAAUUUCUUUGAGGAUAAUGAAUAUCUCCAAGCUAAUUACUGGAAAGACUACCCACAUGAACAUGACGACCCCGAUUGUAGUGAUCAUGAUCACAGUCAUAGCCAUCACAACAAACAUCACAACAAUGAUGGUUCUGACCAGAGCUUAGAAUUCAGCUCUAGUACCGAGGGAACACAUGUCAAUGACAGCAUUGACAUCUCAUCCUCUGAUGCCGGGAAACGGUAUUGCCAUGAAGACAUUGUCGACACCCGAGUCCCCGAGUCCCUCAGGGGGGCUGUUCUACAACUUCCACAUGCCCUAGUCACUGGGCAUCAUCACCAUUUCCAAAUAGCUAGUUUAAAAGGUCCUUGUGACUUCCAUCGGGAGUUCAUUAGAGGAAAGCUAGCUAAAAGCGAACUUAAGUGCGCAUGCAUAUGGAUCAAGGGAAUCCUUGCUCUCAUCUUUGAAACUACACCAGUUGCACACACCUGCUGCGAAACCAAGGGCGAAGACCACAUCGUGGCGAGGGACUGUUGCCUCGAAGACCAUGACCUAGAAACAGAACUCCAAGACUCUCUAGAGUCCUUACCAUCAGAGUCAGGCACACUUGUUCCGCCAAAAACUUUGAGAUACUUGUCCUUAGGCGUUACGGGGAUGACAUGUACUACCUGCGAAACGAAACUUGCUAGGACUCUUCGUAAAAUUGACGGUAUCAUUCCAAAGGGUCCAAAAGGUGUCAAAACAAACUUCAUGCGCGGCAAGGCUGAGAUUUGGUAUAACUCAUCUGUCAUCACAGACCCUUCCGAACAAAUUUGCCCCGUAGUCAAAAGAAUGACUGGGUUCACCUGCAAAGUUUUGAAAGACACCGACAGACUGAAUUGUAAUCACUCGGAACAAACUGUCUUGAUCAAACUGGUUCUCUCUAAGAACUCCGAUCCCACGACAAUUCAAAAUCAUAUUGCGCUUUUGAAGGGGGUUAACCGGGUUGGGGAACUUACUUGCGAAGAACUAGGGUUGGUGCCCCUCUGUAGAAGGCUAGGGGACAGAGCCUUUAAGAGAAAUCAAAACCCGGAACCUGAUCUAGAAAAGGGUCUCGUUGGAAGAGAUUGGAUGGUUUUUGAAGUCAAAUAUGACCCACAACAACUGCAGAUACGAAAUCUCCUACAAUAUAUGAAGACGUCUCCUCAGGGCAACCACAGUGUUGAGCUCUUCGACAUCGAUGACAUCGAUAAAAUUGCGGAUCAGCAAGCUCGUAAAGAACUAAGGAAGAUGUUUUGGCUUACUAUAGUAGCUUUUGUCCUGACUUUCCCGAUCUUGUUGAUCACUUGGACCCCAAGUAUCAAAAGCCAGGUACCUGCCGCGUCAGACGUAAAUCCUUCUCAUUUGAAGAGUUUUAUCAUUCUUCAGAUCAUUUGUUUUGUCCUUGCUGCUAUCGUCCAAACACUUGCUAAAGGGAUCUACCUUAAUGCUUUUCGUUCGAUCUUUUUCCAACAUCGGCUAGAUAUGGACUGUCUGAUCACACUCUCAACUACGGCGGCCUUUGUUUAUUCUGUUGCUUUCUGGGGGAUGAACUUGUCUCGCGAACUAUUAAAGCUUGACUCUGGUCAGCCUCUUGACGACGCGGAAUCCGAACGACACGAACCUAGUUUUGAAGCUAGUAGUUUGUUGAUAACGUUAAUAUUGGCUGGGCGUCUACUAACCGGUUAUAUUCGACACUGGGCUGCCAACUGCAUUUCCGUCGGUACUCUUCAAGUUAAUGUCUGCACUCGCAGUACUCAAUAUACGUUCAGACCGAUCCGCAAUCGUCGUUGGAAAACUGAGGAUGUGCGGCUUCUGCACUAUGGCGAUGUACUUCUUGCACAAACUGGGGACAUUGUAGUUACCGAUGGAGUCGUCAUUAACGGGGAUGCCACGGUGGAUGAGAGCCAUCUUACGGGCGAAUCAGAGCCUGCUCAGCAUCAAAGAGGCAGCACUGUCAUCGCAGGCUCAAAAGUUAUUGAGGGCAGACUUGAAUACCGCGUCACCAGAUUGAUACCAGAAAAUACGAUAUCGUCCAUGAAAAGGCUCGUGACCGCGGCGUCAAGCUCAAGACCGAAGAUGCAGGACUAUGCGGACAAGGUGGCGGCUUGGUUGACCCCAGUCGUCCUUCUUAUUGCGCUGGCAGCAUUUGCCGGUUGGAUUGGCUACUACAGGACUGUUAAAAGGCACACUGAAGACCUUAGCGCAGCAUUCGCCAAAGCGUUAACAAUCGCGAUCACUGUUUUAGCAAUUUCGUGUCCCUGUGCUAUUGCCUUGGCUGUUCCGACUGUCCUGAUCUUCGCUACCCAGGUCGGCGUAAAGUGUGGAAUUGUUAUCAAGUCUCCCGAAUCGCUUGAAAAGGCCAGGAAAGUUCGAUACUUUGUUGCGGAUAAAACAGGAACCUUGACAACUGGGAGGCUCCAAGUCGCUGCGGAAAAGUAUUGGGUGCGCGGUCAAUGGGUUGGUGAUACUGGAGAUAAGGAUGUUCGGGAGGUCCAACAUCUUAUCUACAAGUUGAUUGCACGGGAUAGACAUCCGGUUUCUAAAGCAGUCCUUGAUAAGUUGAAAGAAUAUCAUACCAAAGAGCUACAACUUUCGGACACUGAAAAAAAUAUCAGGUCUAUUGUCGGGAAAGGAAUAGAAGGGACUGUUAAGGGUAGACGAGUAAGAGGUGGUAAACCCUCUUGGGUUCUCACGGAUAACAUCAAAAACUUCAGCAAGGCGGUUUUCCGAACUGUCGUUGAAGACGACGCCCGUACGCCUUUUGUUGUCGUUGACGUGAGGAAUAGCAAUAUCCUUGCGGUGUUUGGACUUUCUGAUACGAUCAGACCCGAAGCAGCAUCGGUUAUUUCGAAACUCCAGGCUCAAAAUAUUGAAUGUUUUAUGCUUAGCGGUGACCAAUUAGCGGUUUGUAAACAAGUCGCCGAAGCAAUCGGAAUACCACCAGAAAACGUCUACGGGGAAUGUUCACCGGAAGACAAAGCACAGCGGAUUCGACUUCUUCAAACAAGGGCUCAAAUGGAUGUCGAUAUCCUUCAGCUUCGCGGCCAUUUCAUUCGUCGAGUUCUCAACAGGUUUCGCACAAGGCAGCGAUAUGUUUUGUUUCUCGGGGACGGAACGAACGAUGCAGCUGCACUUACCCGGGCGGAUAUUGGCGUGACGAUGAGCAACUGUACUGAUAUCGCCGCUGGAUGUGCAGACGCAGGAAUUUUGUCGUCGUCCCUUACGGGUGUUCUCGCGCUUCUCGCACUAAGUAAGAGAGCCACAAGGCUCAUUAAGUGCAAUUUCUCAUGGGCGUUGAAGUAUAACUUAGGAGCGGUUUUGAUUUCAACUGGUAUUAUUCCAUGGACUCUUGCACCACAAUACGCCGGUGUUGGUGAGGCUGUGAGUGUCGCGCCGGUCUUUAUUAUCGCCAGCACGAUUCUUUGGUGGAAGUUGAAGUAUUGA